UCUCCUCGUCCCGGCUCCCAGCCCAGUCGCUCCCGCCGGCUCCGGGCUCGCCGGCUGGCGGGGAGCGGCCUCAAGAUGGACGAAGGCGGUGGCGGCGAGGGCGGCAGCGUGCCUGAAGACCUGUCAUUAGAAGAGCGAGAAGAACUCUUGGACAUUCGCCGAAGGAAGAAGGAGCUUAUUGAUGACAUUGAGAGGCUGAAAUAUGAAAUUGCAGAAGUGAUGACAGAGAUAGAUAACCUGACCUCAGUGGAGGAGAGCAAAACUACUCAGAGGAACAAGCAAAUAGCCAUGGGAAGAAAGAAAUUCAACAUGGACCCCAAAAAGGGCAUUCAGUUCCUAAUUGAGAAUGACCUGCUGCAGAGCUCCGCAGAGGAUGUCGCCCAGUUCCUGUACAAAGGAGAAGGCCUGAACAAGACCGUCAUUGGAGACUACCUGGGUGAGAGGGAUGACUUUAAUAUCAAAGUUCUUCAGGCUUUUGUUGAGCUGCAUGAGUUUGCUGAUCUCAACCUUGUCCAGGCUUUAAGGCAGUUCCUGUGGAGCUUCAGGCUUCCUGGAGAGGCGCAGAAGAUCGACCGCAUGAUGGAGGCCUUCGCGUCACGAUACUGCCUGUGCAACCCUGGUGUCUUCCAGUCCACAGAUACGUGCUACGUACUGUCGUUUGCCAUCAUCAUGCUCAACACCAGCUUGCACAACCACAAUGUGCGGGACAAGCCCACUGCAGAGCGCUUCAUCACCAUGAACCGCGGCAUCAACGAGGGCGGGGACCUUCCUGAGGAACUGCUGAGGAACUUGUAUGAAAGCAUCAAGAAUGAGCCGUUUAAGAUUCCGGAAGAUGAUGGGAAUGACCUGACACACACGUUCUUCAACCCGGACCGAGAAGGCUGGCUGCUGAAGCUGGGGGGCCGUGUGAAGACCUGGAAGCGGCGCUGGUUCAUCCUCACAGACAACUGCCUCUACUACUUUGAGUACACCACGGACAAGGAACCCAGGGGCAUCAUCCCGCUGGAGAACCUCAGCAUCAGGGAGGUGGAGGACCCUCGGAAACCGAACUGCUUUGAGCUGUACAACCCCAGUCACAAAGGGCAGGUCAUCAAAGCCUGCAAGACAGAGGCCGACGGCCGUGUGGUGGAGGGGAACCACGUCGUGUACCGCAUCUCCGCCCCCAGCCCUGAAGAGAAGGAAGAGUGGAUGAAGUCCAUUAAGUGA